CACAUUGCUUUCCAAAUCACUGUUGCUGUUGAAGAGAGUAUCAGGACAUCUCCGACUACGAUACCUGUCAAGGCAACUGAUGCUGCUCAACAUAUCCGACUACGGUGGUCGAUCCUUCUACUGAGGUGCUGACGCAAGGAGAAGCACGACCAUCAGAGGAGGAGCUUAUAACAGCAUCAUGUGAGAGAAUGGAGGAUAGCGACGAUGAUAUUAUAAUAUGCGAGAGAAGUAGGACUGAGGAGGAGGCAGAUUUUCUGUACUCUAUCACAGCGGAAGCAUGGAAGGAAACCCUAAAAACUCCAGAGUUUGAGAGGUCAAAACACCACCCAUUCGGCGAAUCAGUGUACGUUCUGCCAAAGAAUAUGUUGACAAAACUCGAUGAUCGACUCUGCAAGUGGUUGAGUUCAUCUUCAGUGCCACUGCUAAAGACGAUGGAAACUAUGUCGUGGAUACUCCAACCAGUAACUUUACCCGUUACUAGCUACUUUCAUUGAAGCGUAAAAAUUGGGUGCAUAGCCAAGUAC